AUGCUAUUCCAGAUCCAAAACUCCCCCUUCUCCCCAGUCCUGGUCGACAGACUCCUCUCAACAAUCAUGGCUCUCCUCCCAGCACCUCAUGAAACAGCAACAACAACAACUCUCAAACACCCACACACAACACACCCAUAUCGAAACCGAACCCAUUCCCCAGACGAGCUAGUAGACCUCGCAAUCGCAAGCCACAUAGCCCGCAUCCUGAAACGCUCCCGCAUCGGCGGCGAUGAAUCAUUCUUCAUAGCAGAUCUGGGCCAAAUCCUUCGACAACACCGUCGUUGGACGCUGAAUAUGCCCGGUAUACGGCCUUACUACGCAGUAAAAUGCAACCCAGACCCACCAUUCCUCCGCGUCCUCUCAGAACUAGGAACAGGCUUCGACUGCGCCUCAAUCGCAGAAUUACGGCUAGUGCUAAGUCUCGGCGUCGACCCGGCCAGAAUCCUCUUCGCGAAUCCAUGUAAAGCACCAGCAGCCGUGUCCUUCGCGCACGAGGCUGGUGUCCUACGGACAACAUUCGAUAAUAUCGAUGAGCUGGAUACUAUCAAGACAUAUAUGCCGGAUGCACAGCUUCUGCUCCGCAUCUAUGCGAAUGAUGAAAGUGCGUUUAUCUGCUUGUCGGAGAAGUUCGGGGCGCCGCUCGAUACGACCGAGGAGUUACUGGAGAGGGCGUGGGAGCUUGGGUUGAAUGUUAUUGGAGUUAGUUUUCAUGUUGGAACGGGCGCUACGAACCCAGCAUCAUUCUGUAAAGCCAUCAAAGACGCCCGGACUGCAUUUACCCAAGCAACAAGAAUAGGCUUCCACCCCCAGAUCCUCGACAUCGGCGGCGGAUUCCAAGACGACUGUUUCGAGACCAUGGCGCCAGUCCUGCGAGAAGCGAUUCGAUCCGAGUUCCCAGAAGGUGUAACUACCAUCGCGGAACCGGGUCGGUUCUUUGCGAGGAGUGUGUAUACGCUUGUUUGUCGGGUGAUUUCGCGGCGACGGCAGCUGGGGAAUGCGGCUGUAUCGGGUGUUCCGGAUAUGCUGUAUCAGAAUGAUGGGGUAUAUGGGAAUUUCAUGAAUGUUAUCAUGGAGAAGGAGGUUAUGGUUCCUUAUUUGGUUAAGAAGGAGGGUAGGAACUUGUUGGUUAAGAGUAAGGGGGAGAAUCCAGGGAAGGAUGGGCAGGCUGGGUCUCAUCGGUAUUCGAUUUGGGGUCCGACGUGUGAUAGCACUGAUUGUGUUGUUCGGGAGGUGACGUUCAAUUCGGAGGUUAGGGUUGGGGAUUGGCUUAAAUAUAAGAAUAUGGGUGCAUAUACGAGUACGACUGCCACUCAGUUCAAUGGGUUUAGUAGUACCUAUGACACGUUCUAUGUCAACAGUGAAUCGCUGAUUGAUUUUUAG